UCGUGGUGUGCUCGUCCAACCACCAUGACGACCUCAAACCUCCUCUUCGUUCUCGCCUUCGUGGCAGGUGGUCUGGCAGCCCCCUGGGGAGCGGACUUGCCAAGAUGCUCCACCGAAUGCCCCGUCACCGGAUCCCCCAAACUGGCCUACCAACCCGACAAGACCUACGCCUACGCCUACUCCGGCAAGUCCACAGUCCAGCUCAAGGGCGUGGACAACGGCGACACUGAGACCGAGUGGACGGCAGGAGUUGAUCUCACCUGGAUCAGCCCUUGCGACAUGGCCAUCUCCUUCAGGAACACCAAGAUGGAUGGCGCCCGAGGUCCCAUCGCUACCAGGAUGCUGGAGAGAUAUCCACUGGUGGUGGCCGUUGUCGACGGGAGGGUGCAGCACGUGUGCGCUCACCCAGAGGACGAACCAUGGGCCAUCAACCUGAAAAAGGGCGUUGCUUCGGCUUUCCAAAACUCCAUCCCUUCUCUGUCUGCUGUCAGCUCAGGCAUCACAGUAACUGAGACCGAUGUUGUUGGAAAAUGCCCGACAAAGUAUGAAAUUGAGACCGAAGGAGAGAAGGUCAUUGUGGUCAAGGAGAAGAACCACCGCCACUGUCAAGAACGUUACCCAACACCUGCUGAAACACCUGCACCAUGGCUGAAGGCUCCCCUGCCGAUCGAGGAAUCCAAGUCGCAGUGCAGGCAGGAAAUCGCCAAUGGCAUUUACACCGCCAUCCAGUGUCAGGACAAGAACAUCGUUCGACCUGCCAUUGGAAUCUACAAGUAUGUGGAGGCCAGUCAGUAUUCAACACUUCGCUUCAUCUCCGAGUCCUCCGACACUUCAGCCAUCAGCGGCAUCCCUUCAGGAGAACUGCGCAUUGAAAACCUGUUGUACUGCCAUGAAACAAUGAAGGACCCAAAGCUGGCACCUGAGCUGGAUGAACUCAUGAAGGAGAUCUGUGACAAGACCAAGGACACAGUUGAGGCUGAAGCUGGUGCUUUGGUUGCCAAGGCUCUCCAUGUGUUACGUCAUGUUCCUGACACGGUUGUGGUGGAGACUGCACAGAAAGUGAGACAAGGACAUUACUGCAGUGACUCUGCCAGGCUGGAGAGCAUCUUCUUGGACGCAGUUGCUUUCCUCCACGAGUCUGGUGCAGUAAAGGUCAUGGUCCACGAAAUCGAGAAUGGACGAGCAACAGGGGGACGUCUCGCUCUGUACACGGCAGCGCUCUACCUCAUCCCACGACCCAACAUUGAGGCAGUCAAGGCCCUUACGCCGCUGUUUGAAAGCCCUCGCCCAAUACCCUCGUUACUGCUGGCAGCUGCUUCCAUGGUACACCAUUACUGCCGCCAUAAUCCAACUUGCUAUGAGAAAGCUCCAGUUGUGAGAAUUGCCGAGAUUCUGGCCAACAGAGUCCAGACUCACUGCUCUCCUUCUGCUGGUGUCGAGGACAAUGAAGUAGCCCUUGCAAUUUUCAAGGCAAUAGGCAAUAUGGGUGUAGCUACACCUGCCGUGACAAGGGCAGCCGUUCACUGCAUUGAGGAAGAAGGACUGGAAACCAGCGUUCGGGUAGCUGCAGCUCAAGCCUUCAGACUAGCCAACUGCUUCCGUCCAGCAGUUGAGAAGCUAGUUGACAUUGCCGUCCGACCAGCCUUUGAGACUGAAGUCCGCAUCGCUUCCUAUCUGGCUGCUGUUCGAUGUGCUGAGCAGGAACACCUGGAAACAAUUAUUGAAAAGAUUUCAAAGGAAGAGAAUACCCAAGUGCGUGGAUUUGUUCUGGGUCACCUGAUCAACAUCCAAGAGUCUACCUGCCCUGCCAAGGAAAAUCUCAGGUACCUCCUUGCCAAUGUCGUCAUCCCUACCGACUUCGAGAGGGACUUCAGGAAAUUCUCUAGAAAUAUAGAUGUGGCUUACCAUGCCCCUGCCUUUGGCAUGGGUGCCGGCCUCGAAUCGAACAUCAUCUAUGCUCCCGGAUCUUUCGUUCCUCGUGCUGUUAACUUGAAAAUGAAAGCAGAUGUGGAUGAGACGCACAUGGACAUCGCAGAGAUUGGUGCGCGCUUUGUAGGAAUUGAUUCCAUCAUUGAAGAACUCUUGGGCCCACAGGGAUAUCUACGCAGAGCAACAUUUGGAAAGAUUAUGGACGACAUCACAGGUUUUGCAGGAGAGAAAGGCCUCAAGGUCAUGGAGCACAUCAAGCACACGCUGAGGACCAGGCGAUCCAUCGAUUCUUCGGUCAUCGCGGACUUCUUUGGCAAACUGUAUGGUGAGAGCAGAUCACAACCCACUGCCGAGCUAUUCGCCCGAUUCAUGGGACACGAGAUUACUUACGCAGAUGUUGCCGAAAGCCUCAAAGGCGUCACAGCUGACACACUCAUUGAGACCUUCUUCUCUUUCUUCGAGAAUUCUUUGGAGCAUAUGAAGGAUCUCAACCUGAACACAGCAAGAACUGCUCAGCUUUCCGUGGAUUAUUCACUGCCGACCAUUCAGGGAACACCGCUCAGACUGAAAUUAGCUGGAACCGCUGUUGCUGGCCUGAAGAUGGAAGGCAACGUCAACAUUGCCCAGAUCCUGUCCGACCUCGGUAACUCCCAGACGGGCGUUAAAUUCUUCCCAGGCCUUUCUGUACAAGCCACUGGUUUUGUUGGCUAUGAAUGCCGCUUUACAAAGGUGGGAAUCGAGAUGCAGAACACCAUCUCCAGUGCCACUGGAGCUGCCAUCAAGAUCAGAACAACUGAAAACAAGAAGAUCGAGAUGGAAUUGGAGGUCCCUGAGAAGAUGGAACUCCUCAACAUCAAGGCCGAGACUUACCUUGUCAAAGCUGUUGGCAAGAAGAUGACCAAGAUUUCUCCUUCCUCCAUGAGAGAUGUCAGGAUUCAGCACAACUCCUGCAUUGGUGCUUUGGAACCAGUAUUUGGCCUCAAGGUGUGCUAUGACAUGAACAUCCCUGACGUCUUCCGUGCUAAUGCCCUGCCACUUGGUGAACCAGCCAUUGCCAAGCUGUAUGUUGAGAAGGCAGAUCCUUCCAUGAGAGGUUACUUAGUGACUGCUGCUAUCAAGAACAAGAGAGGUAACAAGGUCAUUAAGAUGAAUGUCGAAGCAGCUGGUGCCUCGACACCAAGAAGAGCAGAAAUGACCCUGUCCUACACCAAGGAAGAAGGAAGCCACAUUGUUUCUGCCAAACUGGAUUCCUCCAGCAUUGCUGCAGGAGUGUGGACCACUCUUACCAACGAGCAAGCACACAAGGCAAUAGAGACUUAUGUCAACUUCAAUACUGGUCAGAUUGCUAUUUCUCGAGGCAUUAAGGCUGGAAGCGAUUGCAAGGGAAGCAGUGUGGGAGAGGAGUUUCUAGUUAAUGUGUUCAGCAGCGGCAGCAGGAGCUUCCCCUCUGAAUCACACAUUGUGGAGGCUAAAUUCAUUAAGAAAACUAGUGGACCUGAAUUCAAUGUGGAUGUGAUUUGCAGAACCAAAAAUACUUUAGCUGAGUUAUUCGACUUAAAUAUUGAAGUUGGAGCUGAUUUCAUGAAAUUUUCUCCUAAGGAUCUGUAUCCUGCAAGAUACAUCCCCAAGACCCGCAUUGUCCUACCCGUAAACCUGCGAAAGAUGGAAAUCAAUGCCGCCACUGCAGCCUGGAAACUGAUAUCGUAUAUUCGCGCAGGAAGUCAAUCUGGCGAAGGCCGCGAGUUCAUUUCUGCUCUCAAGCUUGCCAAAGGAAGGAAGGAUUUCAUCUCUGUACAGGCUACUCAUACGAUAGAAGGAAGAUUCCCACAAAACAUCAUCAUCAAAAAUGUAGCAACAGCCGAAGUUGGCAGAUCAUCUUACAAGGCAAUGUAUGAUCUGUUCUAUCACUCUGAAAAAAUGGGGGCUUCUCUUGAGGUUUUGCAAGCAGCUGGUAAUGAGAAGGUUGCCCAUCUGGAAGCAAUUUACGAAAUUUCGGGAUCGAAGUACUGCACUAAAUUCUUGGCGGAGAUUCCUGGCUACAUUCAGCCAGUUAAAGUUGAAGCCGGGAUUGAACAAGAAGCAGAAGGUCGCUAUACACUGGAAUCCGCCAUCACAUAUGGACAUCAUACAGUACUUGAAGCUAGCGGACCAAUCAUGGCUCGUUUCAGCUCCAAGAUUGCCAAGCUGCAAGCCAACAUCAAACUCAGGGCAAUGGCAAGUGAACCCUACAUCUUUGGUGCCAACAUUGCGUUUGGCAGCAAGAAGCAGAUGAUAGCCAUGGAAAUCAAAGGUCGAUCAGAAGCUCUCAUUGGUCUUGAAUGGAAAAUGGUCCGAGAAAGUUCCGAGAAAACCACUGUUGGCAUAGUGUUCGUGCUCCCUGCCCUUAUCGAGAACAAGGUCGACGCUGAAAUUACUGAUGGACUUAUCCAUGUUAGUUUCAACAACCUGGUUCUGCCCAAGACCUCAUCCCGCCGUCGGGUCAAGGGAUUCGCUGAUGUUCAUAUUGCAGAGAAAAAGACAAAUGUGGAAUUUUCUUGGGACGCCGAUAAUGCUCCUGAAAAGAAGUUGGUGUUGGAUGCAAGUCUGAUCAGCAGUCCUGCCAAUCCUGGACAUGCUGAGAUCCACGGGAAUAUUGCCAUUGCUGGAGAGCCUUACCACGCCAAACUGGUUCUGACUGCCGCAAAUCUGGUAGAGCACAUGGAAGGGGAAAAUGGAUUCAAGUUGAUCCUGACAACGCCUAGCCAGAAGACGGUUGUCUUGGGAGCCUCCUGUGAUGUCCAACAGGCAGGAGCCACGACUAAAGUCAUUUCCAACGUUGAAUACAAGAACAUGAAGGAUAGGAAAUACAAAUAUGCAAGUGUGAUUGCCUUUGAGAAGCUUGGUGGCCCAUUUGAUUAUGCAGUAGAAGCCAAGGUAACUUACAAACAACCUGGAACAGCAGAAAUAAAGCUCGGAACAGCAGUAAAACAUCACUGGACACCAGAAGAACAUGUUGUGGCAGUCAAGGUAGAAGCUGAUGCUCCAAUUCUGAAGACACCUGCCACAAUUGAAUUCUCCAUUCACAAUGCACCAAACGCAUAUGUUGGAUUCUGCAAGAUCGAAAGAAAUGCUCCAGCCACUGUGUUUGAAUGGAAUGUGCAGACCACUCCUGAAGGAGGAAUUCAGGCUGUUGAAGCUGGUGUGGACAUGAAAGCCAUCACUGAAGUUCUGAAGAUUGUUCAUGCCGUUGCUACUCUCGAGGAAGAAAGUUACGAAACUUAUGGUCCACACACAUCCCAAUACCAGUACCGUUUCACAAGGCCAUCAGCCACCUCUUACACCAUGCAGAUGAGGACUCCAAGCCGCACCAUGGAAGGAAGAGCCAAACUGUCACCAAGGGAAUCUGGAAUCAAGUUCUACCCCAAUAAGGGCAAAACUGAGUCCAAAUACGAAAUUGGAUACAAGGCCAACCACGAGGGAAGGUGGGGAGGACAUGCGUCCAAGUUGGAAGUCAGAAUGAACCAUCCAGUGCUUCCUAAGCCCAUCAUGGCCGCUGUUCAGUACACAGUAGCUGAAGGAACCACGAAGGGAACAAUUGAACUGGACAUUUUCCCAGAAGAAGCCAACAAAAUUACUGGUACAUUGGAAACUCAGAGAAUUUCCGAAAAUGCUAUCAGAGCAGAAGCCUUCUUGACUGGCAGGAUGUUGAAAGUGAACCCUAAAGCAAUCAUCACUGCUGCUUAUGCACCAGAGACAGUUGCUUUUGAUGUAGUGUUGCACAAGACUCCAUCUGCAGCACCAAUCUUUGCCAUUGCUGCCAAGUAUGACAAGACUGCAGCUCACAACGCAGCUGCCACAUUCACAGUGAAGAUGGAAGAGCGACCUGUGUUUGAAAUCACUGCAGUGACAGAACCCGAGGAAGCAGCCACCUGCAAUGGCAUCAGAAUGAGGGCUGUUGCUUAUGCCGCAACUUUUGGAAAGUACAACGUUAUCUCCAAGAUGUGCAGGCCUGCCUUCAUUGAGGUGACCGCAAUGCGGCCUGGUGGAGCAAAGGAAUACAUUGCCAAGCUUGGCCUCCGAUACCCUGACGCUGCUGAAGCAGGUGUAUAUGUGGCUAGCGGCAGAGCUGGAGAGACUCACGGUGUUGCUGUUGCUGCUGUGAAGUUGGCUUCACCUACAAUGCUUAAGGUCGAGAUGGCUUAUGAACCGCAAGAAGCAGAGGCAAUAAUCAACGAAAUGACUGAAGAAUUUGAGAAGAUUGCCGCAUCAUUCACGUCUGUUGUAAUGGAGGUUGUCGAGUUCCUCAAGGAAGAAGCUGCUGCAAAGGGUAUUCAGUUCCCUUCAUCUCAGUUAGUCAACCUACUGGGAGUUGCUAAGGAGGAAAUUGGAGAGAUCUAUCGAGAUAUUGUCUCUGAGGCAAGAAUUUUUGAUACCGAAAUCCUUGGUGAUAUCCUGGGAAGUCCUGUGGUGUCCUUCAUAUCACGGGUGUACUUGGGUGUGUGGGCGGAGAUAAUUCAUCUGCAGCACCAUCUCUCCGUAAGCCUUAUCCAGACGAUAGAGAGAUUCCAGGCGGAAUUAGGAAGCAUUUCUGAAAUCGUAAUGGAAGUUGUGAUGACGGCAGCACGAAUGGCAGAAACUGGAGAAGUACCCGAAGUAGUGUUUGAUGCGCUUGAAGAAAUCAAGGCCACCAAAGUUUUCAGGACUGUAAGGAGGGAAGUGGACGCAAUUUUAGAAGAAUAUCCGGAGGAGUAUGAGGCUGUAAAACACAUUGUUCAUAAUGUGGUGGCAAUUCUCAAGCGAGAUGUUGGCAUUAUUCGUGAGAGGCUCAUGGAGAUUCCAGCUGUUCUGAAAGUCAUCGACUACACUAUGUAUCACUUCCAUUCGCAACGUGCAUUUGCUGCAGAAGCGGAAAGGCUCGUCAGCCUGAUGCUCAACGAACUUCUUUUCGUUUCCAUGGAAAGAGAAGGCAACGGUGUUGCAGUCCGAAUUCCCCUCCACCGACCCCUGUAUUCACUGACGCAAGUGGCACAAGAAGCAGUGCCCAACCCUGUCACGAUGCUUGAGAACCUGAUAUUUGCAUACGUUGAUUACAUUCCCAUCCCUGUGAGCGACGCAAUCUGGGCCUUCUACAAUUUGGUACCACGCUACAUUACGGACGUGCUACCACCCUAUCCUCGAACAGCCACGGUGGUUGGCGGCAGCGAGAUCCUGACCUUCAGCGGCCUUGUUGUGCGAGCACCUCGGUCGCCGUGCAAGGUUCUUCUGGCUGCUCACGGUUCCCACCGCCUCAUGAUGUCCCACCCACAAGCCUCAGCCCCGGCACAGUUUGAACUGAAGACACCAGCAGCCACCGUGAUGAUCAAGCCUGACUUUGAGGUGGUGGUUAAUGGGCAACCCCUCGCGGGAUCCCAGCAAACCAUCGGAAACAUUAGGAUUGUGAACACAGCCGAGCACAUUGAGGUGGGAUGUCCCGUAAUGAAGGUCGUGGUUGCCAAGGCAGGCGAGGCCGUAGCUGUUGAGGCUUCAGGUUGGAUGUUUGGACGCGUGGCAGGCCUAUUGGGUCCCAACAAUGGAGAAAUCGCCGAUGACCGUCUCAUGCCCAGUGGUGCAGCAGCCUCCAACCCCCGCGAUUUGGUAGCUGCUUGGCAGGAGGACCGCCAGUGCUCCAUCCCCGAGGUUCCUCGUGCAGAGACCACAGUAGCUCGCCUGAUUCAGUGUGAAGCAUUGCUGGGGAUUCGGUCCAGGUGCAACCCAGUGGUUCACCCACAGCCAUUUAUUAAGAUGUGUCACGCUGCCCACAAGGCUUGUGAUGCCGCCCAAGCUUACAGAACCGUUUGUUCUCUGAGAGGAGUGGGGGAAGUUUUCCCUUUGGGAUGUUAACAACACCUGUUGACAUGUUUACAUGGCCUAAAACGUUGACGACUCGUUCAGAUUUUGGAUAUGGCUAUAGUUGUUAAUGUAUUUUUGUUACGUGAAUGCAUCAUAAAAUACACAAAAAAAUAGAUCUUCAAUAAAAUUGCAACUAACUA